AAGGAGCUAAAGGACCAAAGUGGCGUAUUGUUUGUGGAUGAACCUUGUUUAUUGAUGCUAACAAUGAACAUCGACUGGUUCCAGCCAUUUGAUGACAUUACAUAUUCAACUGGAGCUAUCUACCUUGCAAUAAAUAACUUGCCUCGUGAGGAAAGAUUUAAGCCUGAAAAUGUCAUCCUUGUUGGUUUGAUGCCUGGUCCUAAGGAACCAAAGACCAAAGAGAUCAACCACUAUUUAAAGCCAAUAGUCGAUAAAUUG